UUUGCUCAAGUCACAGAACAUCAAAAUAACCAGAAAAUGUUGAAUGCACCAAAUGAAUAUGGGUAUAUUUGUUCAUUGUAAUGCAACAUGACCUCAUAGAAAAGGGAGGCAUGCAAUAGUUUCAGUCAUGUGACCUGAAAUGUCGUUGUUAGUCUAUAUUUAACCGGAUUGUCGGUAGCGGGACCAGUUUGCCUGGGUGGACUCGUAUGUAAGACGCAUGUACAUUCGCCGUACGGUUGUUCAGUUGAAGUCGUAGAUCAUUUGUUCGUCUGAAGGGAAAGUUGAGUUGAGGUGAAUACGACACUAUGGCUGAGAUAGCGAUGGGAAGAAUGGAGGAUCAAAAUCAUGGAGUAACUCGUGAAGAGGACCACUCCAGAGAGACAAACCAUCCAUCACAACUAACAGAGCCGGUUCAACCAUCAACCUUCCAUCCACCACCACCAUCUUACCAACCUCCACUGUCAACACAGAUGCUGCCGAAUGCGGGUCACGGACAUGUGACUAGUUUUGUUCUCGAGGCUGAAACAAAUGACUGCACUGGGUUUCAACGGGAACGUUGGACAUCCAAUGUUGAAUUUAUUGCGUCAGUGCUAGCAUUCAGCAUUGACUAUGGAACAUUUACUGUACUUCCCUAUUUGAGCAGCAACUAUUCAGUUGCCUUCAUGACAGUCUACUCCACCUUCUAUUUCAUCCUCGGAGUGCCCAUCCUGUACAUGGAUCUGAGCCUUGGACAAUUCAGUAGCAGAGGACCAGCCCACAUCUGGAAUCUUUGUCCACUGUUCAGAGGAAUAGGCGUUGGGAUGAUGGUUUGCUCCGCCAUAUACCUUCCCGUAAUCACUUUGUUUUCAUCGUGGUCUCUGUACUACGUGGUUCAGUCGUUCUCCUCCAUUCUGCCCUGGUCGAACUGCAACAACGCUUGGAACACGCCAACAUGCUUCAAUAGUACCAGUGCUGGCCCGGCCGAACAAUACUUUAAAAACAGAGUUCUACAGGUGUCUGAAUCCUCCGGAAUAGACGACAUGGGAGGUCUCCAGUGGGAGCUGGUUGGCUGUUGUGCUGGCUUGUCAGUUGUAGUCUUCUUUGCUUUGUUUUGGGGAGUCAAGGUUCUUGGGAAGGUUGUCUGCACAACAAUGCUUCUGAUAUGUGUAUUGACACUGGUUCUGUUCAUCAGAGCAAUGACGCUUCCUGGAUCUUCAGAUGGAUUAGCAUAUCUUUUUACACCGUCUUUAUAUGAACCAAAGGUUACAAGGAUUUAUUUCUGGUUGUCGGCCUUCUUCUGGGCCAUGCUCCAUGUUGGGAUGUCAUCGGGACUCGUGAACAAUCUUGCAAGCUACAGACACUUCAAAUCCUCUGCGUUAAGGGACUCCGUUAUAAUAUGCAGUGUCGGUGCUGUUGGUCGUUUGCUCGCAGCCUUGAUGAUGAUGAGCCUCGCCGGGGCUCUGGCCAACACAAAACAAUCGUCGAUAUACAAUGUCGGACUUUCAGGCAUCAGGGGCGCAUUUGAUUUGCUCCCGGAGCUGUUCCUCAUCUACCGGCGUCCCAGUUCUGGAGUUUUGCUUACUUCUUUAUUCUUCUUCUUGUCGGAUUGAAUUCUCAGUUUGUAUAUGCAGACAUGAUCAUCACAGCUGUAGUUGACAGCCUGCCACGCCGAUCUCGCAUGAUAAGAAUCAUGGUUACUGUGGUUACCUGCAUUGCAACCCUCCUGCUGACGCUUCCAUAUUUGGCUAAAGGAGGGGUUAUUUUGAUGACACUGGUUGACUCUUACCUAUAUAUAGUGUCAAUAUAUAUUCUUGGUAUCCUUCAAUUCAUUACAGUUGGAUGGAUAUACGGCAUGGGUCGGCUGGUCAGGGAUAUUGAGAUGAUGACUGGCACUCCACCUCCAAUAGUCAUCAAGUUCAUCUGGUGUUUCAUCCUUCCGCCCGUCUUCCUGAUUUUCCAGGUGAUAUCCUUUGUCAAUUACACUCCUCCAUCGUUCUACGCCAUGGAUUCAAGAGAGAUCCGUUAUCCAGUGUGGGCCCACGUAAUGGGGUGGUUCAUAGCGCUGGCUCCACUGGCACUAGUAGCCGUGUUUGUAUUGCUGGCACUUGUCCCUUCCUCUCAGUAUUUGUUACGCCCGCGACGAGAAUGGGGACCUGCUGAAGAUAACUACAAGAGGCAAUAUGACAGUCAGCGCCAGGACAAUAUAACAUUCAUGGAAAAAAUCACCCCAGUAUUCACGAACUGAUGUCACCGGACCAUGUCUCCCUACGUUUUCUUUAUCAAAAAUAAGGUGUACAAAUGCAAUUGAUUAAACCUCGAAAUUUUAUAAUUCAACAUUAUACCUAUGAAAUUUCAAAUUAAAAUAUUGUUUUUAGUUUCAACAACAUCAGUAAAUGCACCAUCGUGUCACUAGAUUGCGUGAGCGGCAUGUGCUACGGGUAAUCAAGGACAUGUUUACCCAUUUGGCGAAUACCUGAUGCCAAUGCUGAGUAUUGUUGAUCUAUUCGUAGUGACCUCUUGCGACCAAUGAAAUCUCUUUCCACAAAAUAUGGAGACUGAUUUGUCCCUGUGUUAACGCGUCAUAAAAAUAUUACUAUUCAGUAGUGUCAGAGAUUGUAAACCAAUAUAUGAUCCCUGGUAGAAAUGCAGUACUUUCUUCAAAAGAAGGCAACUUUCCCAAAUCAAAACCAUGUCCAUACGAACAUGGACUAUGUUACUUUCUCCCCUGUUGCGCAUGUAAAAUCGUUUAUCUCUAUACGUGCACUUGUGGUUUUUAAAAAGCACGUGACUAUGUUAUGCUUGUAUUUGUGUUGCCAUUGUUUAUUGUUUCCUUCUAUUUUUGUUAUUUUUGUUGAGGUGAUGGAAAGGUUGGGCUAGUAUUGUUUGUAUUCUAGUGGUUUUUUUUUAAAAUAACUUCUCAAAACAUUCCAGUGAGUAAUUAGCAGUAUGUAGGCCGUAGAUAAUAACAUAAAUAUAAAGGUAACUAAGUGCAAAAUCUGCGGCUUUAUGAGUAUAAUUCAUUCAUUCAAGACUUUGAACCAAUCAGUCCAACUGUCAUUGGAUCCACUGACAACCCAAGUAAAUUUAACCAAUAUAAGGUUUUAUUGCAUGUAAUUUAUUGAUACUUCCCUGGGUGUCCCAUUUUUUCUGCCUCAGAUCACGGAUGUAAGUACUAAAGUACUCACGGAAUUAGAAAUACAAUGGUGUUUAGCGUUUAUUUGUUUUAUACAUUAUUUAAGAUAGAGCUUUAACAAAUAUUUUAAGAACUAUGUUUUUCCCAACUAGGGCUUUUAAUUUAGUCCUCUAAUUAUCAUCCAAAAUACCAUUUUACAGAUAAUAUAACAAAAAAUUGCAUAUUAUCAACAAGUUUAGAAACAUGUUAUUACUUACGUCGCAUUCAACAACGGGUGGUAACAACUACCCGCAGCACUGUUUAGACGGGAAGAUGCAUUUGCUCGUGUUUUGUCAUAGCCGUUGUCCAAUUGACAAUCAAAUGCAUGAAUAGACUCGUAAAUAUAGUAUACGUAAACUUUCAACAAGAGUUCUGAGAAAAUCAAUUAUUCUAAAUAUCAAUUAGGAUACAAGAAGUAAAGGAUGAAUGGUAUAUGACUUUUUCAUAAAAGAAUAUUAUGUACGCGAACCUAUGGAGAGUACAUCUCAUUUGCAUACUGUAGCUUGCAUCAGAAACAUACAUUUUGAUUUCGAAGGUG